AUGAGAAUGCAAGUCUCGGAAUCAACCUCACCCCGGGUCUCGGAGAUGGUCAGAGAACUAUCACGAAUAACCAAAGAUAUCAUCCUCGACGCCUCCGACACGUUCUUCCUCUACUGCCAUAAUAAACCAUUCUAUCUCUUUGAUCCCGAUCUAUUCCAGCGCAAACUUACACAGAGCCAAAUUCCGGUAUACUUACAACUAGCAUUCCUAGCUUCGGCAAUCAGAUACUCGUCACAUAGCCGCUGGAAAUGGCAAAGAAAGGCAGCUAUUGAUAAUCAUGCGCGCUAUUCAUGGGCUAUCAUAAUGUCAUCACCCGAUGCGUUUACUGAUAUAUGCGCCGUACAGGCACUUGCAUUAUUGACCAUCGUGGACGCGAUUGCUGGCCGCCAACGUGCAGCCUGGGUGAAAAUCGGAAUAGCCAUUCGUAUCAGCCAGAGUUUAGAUAUGAUGCUAGAACCAAAUGCCGAUGUGCUAGACGCAGAGCAAAAUGAGCGAAGACACAUUUUUUGGUCAUUAUACUUGAUAGACAAGUUCGUUUGCUGUUCUUUCCAACGCCCUCCAGCAAUGGUGGAUUCAGAUUGCCUGCUUUAUUUGCCUGUAGACGCACAACAAUAUCAACAACCGAACGCAGCAGCUUCUAUGACAUUGAAUACAUUACUCGACAAUGCAAAUUCCAUAAAAAGUACCACCCUUCGUCCCGGUUGGUUCGGUAUCAGUGUCGGGAUAGCAGCUGUACUGGGUAAAACCGUGAAGUUCAUGAUGAGCAACAAUGACAAGGAGAACGUGGCUUCAUGGAAUUCUACGUCUGAGUAUGGUUCAAUACAUGCAGAUCUUGAUCGCUUUCGUGAGAUAGUUUCCAAGGAUGAAAAUAUGGUUUUGAGUACAAUGAAGGACCGCCUAAAUCGAAAUCAUGAGCGAACUGCACAUAAAAUUCUAUCCUGCACAGUUUAUCAUCUUGCUCAUUGUCUUUUGGACCAUCCUUUUCUUUGGGCUAUGAAGACGCUACGAUUAUACCCAAACCCAAAUAUUCCUCAUCUUCAUCCAUCGUGGAUCAGAAAAUCACUAACUUCCUCUCUUCAACAUGCUUGCUCGCUGACCAAUCUAUUGGUUAGCGCAAAGUCUGCUGGUUAUGUACCAAUUCCUUCUUUCUACAGUUACUGUAUGAUGGUGGCUGGAAGUAUUCAUGCGUUAUAUUAUCAUUGCCGCAAUAAUCGCGAAUCUUCAUCCGAGUAUCUAAACAGCUCAAUUCAAUAUUUUGUUAACUUGGCUGACCUUUGGGAUGAGAGUCCAACGCUGGCCGAUGGGCUGAGAAUUUUUGCCGACGGAUGUCAAAGAUAUAGCGACCUUCUUCUUUGUUGUGACAAACAAAAUAUCAACGGACUACAACCGUUAGAUAUUGAAAUUUUAAAAUCUAUGGUGGAUUACUGGGAGGUAAUGAAUCCUAGGAAUCUCGUGUCGAGCUUACAUCCAUUGCAUCUGGCCAGUGGAUCCUUCGAUGAUAAGAAUAACAAUGAAGAUAUCUUACAAGUUAUGUCGGAAGAUUCGUCAACGUUUAGUCGUCAUCAACACCUCUCCGACUCUAUUGGUGACAAUAUCUUUAAUUUAUCGGGCCCCGAAGAGUUAUUAGGACUUGAAGAGGUACCUAUGCUUCCUCUAGACCAUGUUGGUUUCUCAGACUUUCUACAUCUAAUACCAUCGCCAAAUACAAGUACAGGUACAGAUAAUGGAGGCUCGUUUUUUGACGACAAGAAUAACAUGGAAUGA